GGUGUUUGACGUUUACCCCUUUGUCUUAUCGACAACGGCUUCGAUGUGACAUCCCACAUUCGCUAUAUUCUUACCGUUUCAAUUUUUCUUUUUUGGAAAUCUAUCUAUAGACACUGUCACUGGAAUGAAAUGAGCGGCGAGCCUUCUCGUCCGGGGCUCCAUCCGCUUUCACAUCUCAAAGCUGGGCCGACAACAUCCAGCUCCAAGUCAACAGCUUCGGCAAAUGUGCGGCCAUCUUCGCGAGCUUCACAUCGACCCCGGUUACAUAAGGCCUCGAGCCGGGAUACUCAGACUGACGCGACGGGCGACAAGGCAACUGCCGCUUUAAUCCGUCGCGUCCUAUGUUCGCAGGCGGGUAACUUUGGAGGCGCAUCAACAUUACAGUCCCCGGAAGAACUGUUACCUCCACUUACAAGCUCGAAUGAAGUGGAUUGUCAGCUGUAUGCCUUGAUCGCGGUUAUCAUUAAAGAAUUUGUCUUCUCCUGGUAUUCAAAAAUUACAUCAGAUCAGGUUCUCGUCAACGAAGUUAUCCAGGUGAUUGCGCAUUGUACGCGGGCAGUGGAACAGAGACUGCGCGACACUGAUGUUUCACAGCUCGUUCUGGACGAGAUACCGGCUUUGGUUGAAGCGCAUAUUAUCUGUAAGCGUGGAGCUACAAUACUCUUUCUAUCUAUCAUCUUCGGACGGUUGAGCCAUAUCUUUACUAACAAGCCUUUGGAAUCAGCGUACAGACUAGCCAGAGAACAGCCUCAACUAUCAGGUCUUACUCCCUCUGCUCGCGAGAUUUAUCAUAGUCUCAACCCUCACCCGGGCCUUUCUCCAAUCCCAGACCCGACGGAUACCCACACCAUCACCCAGCAAGUCGAUAAUGAAGCCAGAUAUAGACAGCUAUUGGUGAGUGGGGUGUUGGCUGUGCUUCUGCCAACAGAGGAUUUAAAGAAUGCCUGCUUGCGGACGCUAGUUUGUGAUAUCUUGGCAGAUCUAAUAAUUGGAAAUCAAGUUAGUGGGAAGAUGUGUGAGGGGUGGUUCUUGUGGGAGAGUGUCACAAAUCUGAUUGACGUGGUGGGAAGUCGCCAGAGUCAUGAGAUUGAUGCAACAACUGCAGUACCACAUAGAAAGAAUCAGUUACAAAAGUUUGACCUGCUAUCUCCCCAGGAAGACGUCCAGAGACAUCAUUCGUCGUCAAGUGUCCAAUUAAGGGUACCUGACUGGGUGUGGAAGAUACUUCAGUUCGUCUUCCUAGCCUACGUGACCUUACGUUUCAUUGUGACGGGCAUUUUUCGCGUUGCAUCCACUCCAGUGGCCUCGUCCUCGUCCUUUACCGGUCACGCAAACGAGGCGCCCGCUCCAUGCAACCCUCCCCUGAAGCGUCCCGUUCUCAAUUAUGGACUGUACGGCAUGCUUUCGCAACUACUAGAUAUUCCCCGGCGGAUGCCAUGGUUGGCAGGGCUGCUCGCACUCUUUCAACACUUGAUCUUGGCGGGUCCAGGUCGAAUAGGUGACACUGAUAGUGUUCUUGACAGGUUCCUCCACGAGACCAUUCAGAAUCAUGUCUUGACCCCCACCUUAUUGCCCAAUCUCCUCCGCGCGUCCAGGGCGGCACUUUUCCCUUCAAAUGCUCGCUCAACUCAGGCGGCCGGCGCGAACCAAGACGGCGCUCCGGCUCCGCAUUUGCCCGCACAACCGCCAGCGUCCCCUUCGGAAAUGAGCCCGCCUAGCGACGCCGCUGGCGCAACUAACGCCAGCAGUAGCGUCUUAACGACUAGUAUUUCCGCGACUGCGCCUUCCUUAUCGCCGGAACAGCGUCCUACCGCGGCCGAAAUCGCUUCUAUCAAGCGAAGGUGCGCGGUAAGCAUCCUGUCAUUGGUCCCUCGUCCCAUUGCGCAGCGCUUCUUGGGUGUUCCAGCGAAAAUUGUCAUUGGACAAACGCCCCCUGAGCGCCAAGAGCAUUUCAAGGCUCCCAAUGCACAGAACUACCAACAUUCGGAACCAGUUUGUGCCUUAUCACCUGACCCAUUAUCAGACGAUGAUCUGGAAGAGUCGCUCCUUCUCGUGGCAAUUGAGAACGACCUCCUGGAUCUAUUCGCCGAUGAGUAUUGCAAUAAACAUCUAAUCUACUCGAUCAUUGAAACCGUCCUAGCAAGGCUUCUCCCCGAGCUAUCGGAACGCAGCUUAACAGAGUUGAUGGAAGACCGGGGCGUGUCUUUAGACAGCGACUGAAACCCACUUAAACCGACAGAAUAUAAUAACAACAGAGAGAUAUAAUAUAGGGCCAUCUCACCGAGAGUGAACAAUAGCUUAGUGAACCCUGAUCCGUUUGGGCAGAAGUUUUAGAACAAUAGAUCAAUCGCAUUAGAGACAGGCACAGGCACAGCCUCGGCUAAAAUGAGAGUCGUGUUGCGCAACAGAGAAUGAUAUUUUUGGUAGACCGAUAACCUUAUCAAACCUGGUUAGGGUCUCAGGCCUCCAGUCGGUAUUCAUGGAUCUCGUUCGGUUCAUGCAUAUUCUGUUCCCUUCUUCGGGGUCACAAAAUGUGACCUGCAACGAAAGCCCUGUCCCUGUCCCGUUGCAUUGAGGGCUCAGGGGUUAACGGACGAAAUUAACACAAUAUAAUACGUUAGAAAUUAUUACAAUGUAAUCCAUCGUAUGCCGUAAGAAUUGAGAAGGUGGGAAA